AUGACCAGGAAGCUACGAACUCCUGAAGACGAGAAAAGUAGAAAAAGGAUUUUGAAGCCAGUUGUGGAGAAGAAGAGAAGGGAUCGAAUAAAUCAAAGUCUCGCUGAGCUGAGACGUUUGCUGUUGCUUUCCACGUCCGAUACCCGACUCCAGAAUCCUAAAAUAGAGAAAGCAGAGAUUCUGAACUUGGCUGUGGAGUACCUUAAGAAGUGGGCUGAUAGGAAGGACCUGAACAAUGACUUGCGGACUCCCGCAGCUUUGGGGAAACUUGGACCCGCCGAGUCCAGAUUUGCCCCUCUGGUCAGCAGUGAGAGCGCAGGCUUCCAGCAGUGCAUGGCCCGGCUGAACAGCUACAUGCACAGGAUCCCGCCCACGCAGAGGACCAGCCUCACCGAGGGGCUGAGGCAUCACUCGGCAAGCUGGGAACCCACCCUCAACUCCGUCCAUGGCGUCUGGAGGGAGCCGGAAGCCGCGUCCGGGGAGGCGGCUUGUACCUCGGAGGGCAGAGGGGAGUCUCCCUGGCUGCUCUUCCCUCCCCACCCUUCCUUCCAGCCUCUCUCCUGCUCCACACCGUGCCACGACUACCUCUCCCCGCCUCCCUCUCCCUGGUUUUCGCCCUCCUUCUCCACUUUCACCGCCUCGCCUCCUUUCCCGUCUUUUGCCUGUCCCUUCUCCUUCCCCCCCAGCCUGUCACCUCCGUCCACCUCCAAUGCCUCCUUCCUCAGGAGCAUCUCCCCCACACUUCCUCACGUCAGUCCUCUUGGCCUCCAUGUCCCCCCGCUAACGUCGUUAAUGCCCCCGCUGCACCUCCCACAGAGGGAGGUGUCGCCGGCAGACUCUCUGUCACCCGUCUGGAGGCCCUGGAUGGGAUGA